CACGCAGAGCGAUUUUCGAAUGAAGACUCUGAAGCUUUUCAAUAUGACACGUCGGCUGUAAAUUAGUAACUCACUAUAACGCUGUCGCUGCAGAAAUGUAUACAGCUGCAGAUAUCUGAACUCUAUGGCCAAAUGCGCGGCUACAUCGUUGAGUGAAAAACGUAUGGGUGUCGGUCUUCUUUUUUUGCGAACAAUAGACGUGAGAGAAAGACGGGGCGUCUACGUGCCACUCCUACCAUAAUCCCAUUCUCAUCAUAGAUACGUAGGGUGGAUUUUGAACUAUCACGACUAUCCAAUUGAGCUGGUGAGAUAGACCUACCCCGUUCAUCGUACCCACACACAUCGCCUCGUUGAUAGAGACUCGUCAGCACACAGAAGGAACAAGUGCAAAAAAUAAUCAUCGCAGGACUGCAGCUGUUAUCCCCCCGGGAGGCGGUUUACAAAAGCAUAGUCGUUGAAAGCACAAACGUAGCCCAUCAACAAGGUACUACUAGUACCGAGCACCAAAAACUACCUUCUCAAUCAAUCACCACCAACUCUAACGCGCAAUCUUUUUUUUUUCGCAACCUUUUCGGAACAUCUUUAACAUCUUGCAGCCGAAAUCGCGCUUCUGCACCAAAACAAACUAGGGGAAAAGACAAGAAAGCCCGAAAGGGAAAGAAAUAAGGGAGAACAGCACACCUUUUGUUGGUAAGCUUUAUCAACAAAAAAUUCGCCAAGAUGGAUCUCGGGCAGAAAUUGUACACGUUCAUGUGCGUCAUGUUCGGCAUGUUCUCACUGCAGAUGAUGUACAGCGCAGAUUACUUCUUCGGACCCUACUCUCCGGGCGGCAUGAUGAUCUACUGGACCAAGCCCCUGCCGCCCAUGGGCGACUGGUGGGCCCGCGGUGCCGGGAUCGCCAACCUGACGCUGCUGGCUGGUAAGAAGUUGCAGCUUAUUGGAUUCUGAUAUGUGCCGAUCCCAAUGGGUUUGGAAUUUCUUCCAAGAAGAAGUUACCGUGUUUUCUUUUUUUUUUUCAUGCACUGUGUCUGCGCUCGUGGAUUCAUUGUCACGCAGAAACAAAUCGCAACAUACAGGUCCGAAGUUCUUCGAUGUGCCUUUGAUGUCCUUCAUGAAGCAGAUCUUGUUCACGAACACUCUGUUCUUGGCCAUGUUCGUUCAUGCGCUGACGAUGCCGGAGGGCAACACCCUCAUGAUGAAAGUGCAGACCGGCAUCCAGGUAAUUUUUGGUUCCCACGCGUCAUGCAAUGAGAAUAUAGAAUGAUUUAUGAACUGGAUUCUACAGUACGACUACGAGCAAGUACAAUUUUAUUGUGUUAUAAUGGUUACCUCACGUGGAACAUGAUGUAAAACAAAAUACACUAUGACCCAGGUUGUGUUGACCUUGUUGGUUGCCUACGUCGUGAAGACCGGCAACAAGCCCGUCUUCGUGAAGGGAGCCAAGGGCAAGACCCCCAAGCGUGGCGCCACCCCGAUGAAGAAGAAGUAAGUUGUUUCUACAGCUUCAGCAGGGAGAAAAAUGUUGAACCUUUUGUCAAGUUUCUCCACCGUUCUCCGGGCGCAACAAGGAGGAGCAUAAUUGGCGGAGGGCGAAACUAUUGGUACCAGAGCACCCGUCUUUACACACUUUCUUGACUUUCUUGUUUAUGGAUGACUAUGACUUCAUUAUAACAACCGUUUAGCAGUUGACGUUCCUCUGAAUUUUGAAUCUUGUUGACAACCUUUUAAUCAGACAAUCAGACCGCAGCUCGUUGUAAUCCAGAUAUAGCAGUUUUAGCACCGUGACGAGGUUGCAUUGGUGUUAGUCUGUAAUUGACCCAUUUUUAGCAGAUAUCACAGCAGGCUGUUCAUGUUUCAUCACCGUUUCAUCAUCAGACUUUUUAGUACACUAGUAAAACCUGGUAAAAAUCUUGACGCUUUAACACCUCUUGUUCGCAAAACAGUCGUGUCUACCGAGCAGGAUCAUAGACACUAUGGACCAGAAAUUUCCUAUCCACAGACCUUGCACAGAACCAAGAAGACGAGCACCACGCGCUAAAAUUGAAAAAUUACCGGACCGACGAGAGUGCUCCGACGAUAUUGUUUCUAAGGUUUUCAAAAUGCACGUGUACAAAAAAAUAGGACUUUACAAUACUAGGGAUAUUAGACAGAGCAUCAGACGGUAGUAGGAAGCACGGACGGAACGCAGCUACGCGAGGAUGAGGGAUGCUUUGUACAAACCAUUGUUUCCGACCACGCUACUUUCUACAUCUUUUUACUCUCUAGUCCCACGGAUAGUACCCGAGUCCGGGACCACCUGCGCGGAGAAACUACAGUGUUGACCACUGAAUGUACU